AUGGAUCCAAUAGGACGAGGAGCUGGAGUCUCGCCCUAUGGCACUCCUCGUGGCGCUGGCGCACAUCCUGCGCUAUCAUCUUCAUGGCGUGUGGGCUCGCCUCUAGCUGAGGCUGCUCUGGCUGCAGAUCUUGCGGCAUGCUCGGAUGACGAGUUCGAAGACAACGCGAUUGACGACGAUGUCUCUGUGUCGGACCUUCAGGGCGACCCCAUCAUGUACCGUCGACCCAGUGGUGUUGCUUUUGGAGGCUCACGACCCAUUAUGAACCCUCAGACGUAUGAUGAGCCAGGCCUGACAGCUCUAGAGAGAAAACAGUCUCGUAAUGCUGAGCGUAGCUUGCUACGAGAUAACCAUGUUCUUCCCCCAAAGCACGGAUAUCGACAGGAGCAUGGGCUUUUUACUCGCAUCUAUCGUCGUCUUUUUAGUACAAAGAUUGCGCGGGAUGAAGAAGAGACGCCUGCUGUAACUGUGCAGCCUCCUGGCGAAACAGACCCUCUCUUGGGUCACCGUGAUGACGGUCUUUUACCCGAGCACCUCAACGAUACUUGGGAGCACGCUGUUGCUGAACAUCGAAUCAAGACCACUUGGCAGCGAGAGGCCAAGACCAUCAUGACCUAUUCCGCACCACUCAUCGUCACCUUCUUGUUGCAAUACUCCAUUAAUGUCACCAGUAUCUUUGCUGUUGGGCGAAUUGGCAAGCUCGAGCUUGGUGCUGUUUCAUUGGCCAACAUGACCGCCGCUAUUACUUGUCUGGCGCCUUUUCAGGGCCUUGCUACAUCUCUCGACACUCUAUGCGCGCAAGCAUAUGGAUCUGGCCAUAAGCACCUCGUUGGGCUUCAGUUUCAGCGAAUGACUUGUUUCUUGUUCGUGCUCGGUUUCCCUGUCGCUGGUCUGUGGUAUUUUUCCGAAGGUAUCAUUAGAGCCAUUGUACCAGAACCCGAAUCGGCAAAGCUUGCUGGUAUGUAUCUCAGGGUCAUGAUCUUCAGUAUUCCGGGAUUCAUCCUGUUUGAGGGUGGUAAGCGAUUUACUCAAGCUCAGGGUCUCUUCCGCGCUACGACUUAUGUUCUCCUGAUUGUUGCACCCUUCAACGUCUUCCUCAGCUGGCUCUUGGUUUGGAAGUUACAAUGGGGUUUCAUUGGAGCUCCUACAGCUGUGGCCAUCAGUACCAACCUUCUCCCCAUCUUCCUCUUCUUGUAUGUCCGCUUCGUGGAUGGACGACAAUGCUGGGGCGGAUUUAGCCGACGGGCUCUCAGCAACUGGUGGAUCAUGAUUCGGCUUGCUCUGCCCGGUAUGAUCAUGGUCGAGGCAGAGUGGCUGGCUUUCGAGAUCCUCACGCUCCUCUCAAGCCGAUUUGGCCCCGAGUAUCUUGCUGCUCAGAGUGUGGUGACAACCAUUACAACACUCUCAUACGAGAUCCCAUUCCCUAUGUCAAUUGCUGCCUCAACUCGUAUUGCCAACUUGAUUGGUGCUGGUCUUGUUGAACCUGCCAAGAUGACUGGUGUCGUGGCUUUUGUUGCUGCUUGUAUCAUCGGAAUGUUCAACCUGACUCUUUACACAACUCUGCGCUAUCAGCUACCGCUGUUGUUCACCAAGGACGACGAUGUUAUUGAUCUUGUUGCAGCAGUCAUGCCGAUCGUGUCGGUUAUGCAAGUCUUUGAUGGUCUUGCAGCAGGUGCUCACGGACUGCUCCGAGGUAUUGGAAAGCAGUCGAUUGGCGGCCCUGCCAACAUUAUCGCGUACUACGCCCUCUCUCUUCCGUGCUCGCUUGCCCUGGCCUUUGGCCUUGACUGGAAACUGAAGGGACUAUGGCUCGGUGUCACGGUUGGAACUAUGUCCGUCGCAUCGAUUGAGUAUAUUUACCUACUCCGAACCGACUGGCACAAAGCUGCCGAGGAAGCCGCCCUUCGAAACGCUGCUGGUUAG